AUGGACAACCUCACUGUCUUCACAGAAUUCCUCCUCAUGGAUGUCACACACUCCUGGGAGUUUCAGGUUCUUCAAGGUGUGCUCUUUUUAGUGAUUUAUCUGGGAGCAAUAACAGGGAAUCUUGGGACUGUCAUUAUCAUCAUAACAGACAUACAUUUGCACUCCCCCAUGUACUUUUUUAUAAGCAGUGUGGCCCUCCUAGACCUCGGGAGCAUCACAGUCGUUGUUCCCAGAGCUGUAGUGAAGUCCAUGACAGGCAAAAAAACCAUAUCCCUGGCAGAGUGUGCUGCACAGAUUUUCCUCUAUGUCCUUUUUGCAGCUGUGGAAUUUGCCCUCCUGGUGGUUAUGUCCUUUGACCGCUACGUGGCCAUUUGCCACCCUCUGCACUAUGGGCUCAUCAUCACCCCAAGUCUGUGCUCCCAGGCUGUAGCUGGCUCCUGGGCAUCUGGUCUGGUCUACUCUGCUAUCCACACAGGUGCUCUGUUCAGGCUUCCCUUCACCAAGACCAAUGUGAUCCCACAAUAUUUCUGUGAUGUACCUCAAAUUCUGAGAAUUUCAUCUUCAGAUGUCCAGUUUUCAGAAUUUGUAAUCAUUGCUCUAAGCAUUUGUCUUGUGUUAAUAUGUUUUUCAUUUAUGUUUAUGUCAUACACUAACAUAUUUUCAACUGUGCUCAAGAUGCAUUCUGUGGAAGCCCGAAACAAAGUCAUAUCCACCUGUACCCCACAACUGGCCAUUCUCCUAUUGUUGAUCAUUUCAGGAGCAAUAGCUUACUUAGGUCCCAUUGCAAAUAAACCUUCCCUUAAGAAUCUGCUCACUGCUAUUUUCUAUAGCGUGGUGCCACCAUUCGUGAACCCCAUCAUCUACUGUCUACGCAACAGAGAGAUCAAUGCUGCUUUGCAAAGAAUGUUCAACAGAUUCUGA